CAUGGACAGAGGGGCCUGGUGAGUUGCAGUUCAUAGGAUCACCAAGAGGCGGAUGACUGAAGACUAUGCAUGCAUAGGAAUAAAUUAGAAUUACUAAUUAAAGCAUGUGUGUGAAUAAGAAGUUAAAUGAAAAACAGCUUUGGAAAAAAAAGAUUCAAGAGCAGUGAAUUGAGAGGCAGAGAGCCCAAUUAGGGAUCAGGUGGCAAUUAGGCCUCUGGAUGUAGGGAUAUCGCCUUCCCUCCUCCAAUUUGGGUAAUAGGCAGCAGCACUCAUCAGAAUCUGAAAUAAAUGGAGAAGCUCCGGAAGAACGUGAACCAACGUGACCUGGAGAAAAAGGGGGCGGGUGAAGGUGGAAGACCAAACAAGGCCUGAAACAAACUGCCUCGGGAUAUUGCGCUGCGCCUGGGCGCCAGGUGGUCGGAUGGAGCGCGUCUUCUGUGUUCCCUACAGCUUGUACCCUGGCUGUGGGAACAUGCUGCGUUUGGGCCAGUCUGGACUCUCUGAGCACAGACAACCGCACUGGAGGCAAACCAAUGUUCCCCCCACUUUCCUGGCCAGGCCCAGGCUGCUGAUGCCCUCCAGUGCCUCCGACUGCUGCAUGGACCCUUACAAGAGAGCCCAGCUCAUGGCCGUUUUCUCCCAUAUGAACCCCGGCCUGAGCCUGCGGCUGCGCAAGGCCAACACCAAAGAUGUGGGUGUGCAGGUGAGCCUCCGGGUGGGCAAGUCUGUGCAGUGCUCUCUGGGCCCUCGCACCCUGGACAGCCUCUCCCCCUGGGCCAGCGCAGGCCACAGUGCACCCGCGUCUGCUUGGGGCGUCUCUUCGCCGGUGCCCGGCCACUGGGGCCAGGUGCAACAGCGGCAGGCGCUCUCCGGUCCUCCCGAAGCUGGCCAGCCGCCCCCGCCACUGCCACCACCAUCACCACCACCAGGGUCGGAAGAGGAUCCCCCCGAGGAACUCCAGCCGCGUGAGGAGCUGGUGGAGGAAGACUCCUCGAAUCCUCGGGAGAGGAAGAGCAAGCCGGCCCCGGUAGACUCCAGCCAGCCGCUUGGGAGGCCCAACUUCCAGUUUUUAGAACCCAAAUAUGGCUAUUUUCACUGUAAAGAUUGUAAGACCAGAUGGGAGAGUGCUUAUGUGUGGUGCAUUUCUGGAACUAAUAAGGUUUAUUUCAAACAACUCUGUUGCAAAUGCCAAAAGAGUUUUAACCCUUAUCGAGUGGAAGCAAUCCAGUGCCAGACCUGUUCAAAGUCUCGUUGUUCCUGCCCUCAAAAGAAAAGACACAUCAAUCUAAGGAGGCCCCAUCGGCAGGAACUGUGUGGCCGCUGCAAAGACAAGAGAUUCUCCUGUGGCAGUAUUUACAGCUUUAAAUACAUCAUGUGACAGGCAGUGUGCUUUGUUCAGGACACCUGAACUCUUCUUGUGAUUUACUGUAUAGUUCCUCUCUUUCAACUUCACCCUGACCUGAUAUUAGAAGAUGGAUUAUGCUUUUGUACUUUUUGUAGUUUGUGUGACAGUUGUCUGUGAAUAGAAUUAAAUAAA